CCUUCACCCCACCCAUACACCCUCCCCGGCCCUUCUGAGCUAGUUGAGUCCUCUCAGUCUUCCAUGCAGCGGUUCCCCAAACUCUUGGUCAAUGCCUGUUUCGCCCCUUCCCUCCGAGGGGCGUGGCAUUAGCAAUUGAGUAACCUCGAGCAUCUAUCUUGCUUCCACUGCCAGGGCUAGUUAAUAUUUUUUUUUCUGAACUUCAGUUUCCCCUCCUGCACAUUGGGAGCGAAAGAUCUGCCGCACAGGUUUGCCGCGAGGAGUAAAUGGAAGAAUGAUGGAUGCCCCCGGCAUCGAGUAUUUACUAAUUUAGGAUGGGCAGCAAGGAAGAUGCGGGCAAGGGGUGUCCGGCGGCCGGCGGCGUCUCCAGCUUCACCAUCCAGUCCAUCCUGGGCGGGGGGCCGUCGGAGGCGCCGCGGGAGUCCGUCGGCUGGCCGGCCAGGAAGCGCCCCCUGUCCGUGUCCUCGGAGGAGGAGGAGCCGGACGACGGCUGGAAGGCGCCCUCCUGCUUCUGCCCGGACCCGCACGGCCCUAAGGAGCCGAGCCCCAAGCACCAUCCCCCCAUCCCUUUUCCUUGCCUGGGUAAGGAUCGCACGCAGCACACCCGGCGACAAGCGAGAGCAAAGGGAGGGAGGCUGCGCGCCCCGCCAGGGAUCUCGCGGCGGGCCCCCUCCGGCCGGAGCCGGGGCGCCCGGGGUCUUUGGCCGAGGGGAGGGGACGCCGGCGCCCUGAUGCCUCCUCCGCUCUUCCCACCAGGCGGUGGCUCGGGAGGAGACAGGGAACACAGACCCUGUGAGGCUGUCUUGGGAGGACGCAGAGUGGGCGGACAGCUUGGGAGGGUGGAGGGAGAGUGGACCACAGCGAGCUGGGCACCCUGGCGGCUCUCCCUCAACAUUCGCUUUGUACAUGGAUACUUUCUUGCCGGACACGAGUCGGUUCUGAGCAGUGUUUUUCCUUUUCCGGAUCUCUCUCUACCGCAGAAUCUCUUCCUGCACCUUUUUUGCUUGUCUCCCUGUUCUCUCUCUCUGUUUCUGUCUCGCGCUUUCCCUGUUGCUCCCUCGCUCGCUGAGUUUCUGUCUCCUCGGAAUGGUAAGCACUCCAAGAUGAUUGACAACGGUGCGUUUCAGAGAUGGUUCCUGAGGCGAGCCCCGCGUUAUGUCCUUAGCGUGAUUUCGGAACAAACGGCCCGUGAAAUGAUGCCACCCUAUAAAGCUCGGGGAACUCUUCCAGCUCAGUUAUUACAAAGCAAAAAUCACCCUUUAAAAUGAUGCUAAUAUCUCCCUCCGGGCCUCCUCCCCCGUUGCCACCUGUCCUUUCACUCAGCAGGGAGCAAGAGAUCACAGACCCGCACCCUAGACCCAGAACUGCUAGGUCCUUCUCCUGUUGCUUUUUAAAGGCCGGCGUGCCAAGCGCUGGA